AUGAAUGAAGAUGAGGUACAACAUCUUCCCGAAGAAGAAGUUCCUCUUGAACAACAAGAGCAACGAAUUGUAUCCAUAGAAGAAGAUCAGUUUGAAUCAGCAGACGAAGCGGAAAUUGUUGACAUCGAACACAGAGCACCUCGUCGAUCACCACGAAUACAGAGGCCUGCAACCAAUAAUGCACAAGGACAGUCUUCGGCCCGACGCAGAGCCGCCCAGGCAAGGACCACUGCUGCACAACGAGUAACAGCGAUACAAAACGCAAUCCGACGUUCCAAUGGACAGGAUCUAGAAUACAAACAAAAGAUCUUACGAGCUCUCACGCAAAUCACACGUUCGUUUGAGAUGGUAGUUGAACAGCAAGCCGAUGGCAACCUCAUGUUUUGGCAAGCAAUCGCUUCGGAAAGUCGUUAUUUACGACCCGCUUUAUAUACCCAGUUCAAAACGGAGGUUAUCGAUAAGUUAGCUGAGUACAUAAGGUUGAAUCAACACACUUUUGAAAGCGAAAUGUAA